GGAGGAUCCCGGAACACAGAUGGAAGAAGAUGGAUCAUGGUAUCAGUUACACCAUAUGACUCAUCGUUUACACAUUGGAAUUACUUUUUAUUUUUUUACUGGGAUUCUCAAACACCACAGAUGCUGGCGCAGUUAGGACCAUGAGCAUUGUUUUGUAUUGACAACCCAAACAAUGAUGGAGGAAGAAAGGACUUUGGCAAAGUCCUGCAUUGGAAGAUCCUUACAAGCGUUAAUAUUUAUUUCCAUUUUCACAAUUAUCCUGUGGAACUUUGCAAAAAUCUCCACGGAUCAAAAGUAUUCACCUCCACGACCAAAGCCCAGCUGCCAGAACAACAGUACUGCAUUUGGAUUCCAAAGAGAAAAUGGGAGCAAAACAACAGGAAAAGUUGACAUUUGUAAAUUCCAACCCUCCUCCCCACACGAACUUAUUGAAGAACAGAACAUAUUCAGCUCAAUAGCUUGGCCCCAAACACCACCCCUGCUGGGUAACAAGUGCACCAACGCCCGUGGCAGUAGCUUUACUCUUCACAGAGGCACUGGAGGGCAACAGUGGCAUGUUGGCGAUGAACUGAGAGUAACUAUUACCAUGAAGGACUUCCUGGGCAAACCAAAGAAGACUGGAGGAGAUGUCCUAGUUGCCCGAGUCCACAACUCAGUUCUUCAGGCUGGUGUUGCAGGGCAAGUUAUCGACCAUGAAAACGGCUCCUACACAGCCACAUUUCCUUUACUCUGGACUGGAAAAGCAACCAUCGAGGUGACUCUUCUUCAUCCCAGUGAGGCCGUCACAGUAAUAAGAAGACUGAACAAAGACAAUCCAGACAGAGUUUACUUUAAAAGUGUUUUCCGCCUAAAUUCCAUCUCUGAAACCAUGAACUGUAAUUUCUGCCUGCGACCCACCAAACUGCCAGUGUGUGACUUCACCGACCUCCUCACAGGGGAGCCAUGGUUCUGCUUCAAGCCAAAACAGCUGGGCUGUGAAAGCAGAAUCAGCCAUUUUAUGGGAGGAUAUCAUGCCAAAAUAUUCCAUGACCCUGGUGAAGAAAAGGUUUUCCAAAUUGGUGUCAACAUGAAAGUGAAACUGAGAUCUGAAGGACCAGCGUUUGUGAACGUGCUGCCACAGAGGAAUGCUUCAUCAGGUUCAGAGAGGAACAGAACCGUAGAGAACUUGGGACAUUCUGGAUAUUACUACCGUGGAGAGUGGCAGGCCCUGGAUGGGACCAGAGUUCAGCAUUUUCAAAAGCCUGCUGCCAUGAGUAAAUGUCUCCAAGGAAAGAAGAUCUACAUGUUUGGAGACUCCACUGUCAGACAGUGGUAUGAAUACCUUGUUGAAAAACUGCCAGGUCUGGUGAAUUUUGAUUUCCACAAUGGCCCAAAGACCGGACCGUACAUGGCGACCGACAUUGCAAACAACAUCUUCAUGCUCUACCAGGUCCAUGGUCUGCCCAUACGUAUACGACCCAUCUCAGUCAGCAAGGUUCGAUACGUUGCCAAUGAGCUGAACUCCAUCGAGGGAGGAGCAAACACCGUUGUAAUUUUGGGUAUCUGGGCUCACUUCGCUUCAUUUCCUGAUGAGGUUUACCUCAGGAGACUGCAGCGCAUCCGCAACGCUGUUGUGCAAUUGUUGAACAGGUCUCCAGGCACACUGGUUAUUAUUCGCACUGGAAACAUCAAAGACCUGUCUGCUUCUGGAGCAGUAUUCAACAGUGACUGGUCCACCAUGCAGCAGAAUAAGAUACUUCGAGCUGUGUUCCACGGAGUGAAUGUUCGCUGGGUGGAUGCCUGGGAGAUGACAUUGGCACAUGAUGCCAGGUUUCUGCUUCACCCCCUGCCCCCUAUUAUCAAGAACAUGGUGGAUGUGGUCCUGUCCUACAUCUGUCCUCUGAAGGAGGGAAAGGUGCUUGGUGGCAAGAGCGCUGUGGCCGUCUCCUGAACACAACUGCUUAGAAAUGGGCUCCAAUGAAAGAGGAAGCAUGGAGGACUAAACCAAAGAAGCCUGAUGGACUCUGGAGGCAUGUGAGACUGCUGUCUCUGACAUGUUGACUGUACCUGAGAACCAUGUGGAAUUGACUGAGAUGAAGUGCAGAAGAAAUCUCACUCUGUGGGUCAUGAACUCAAAUGUACAUUUGCAGUGGUUUGACAAUAUGGUGGCAUUGGUAUAAAGCAGGAGAAUCAAAUCAUGUGACGUUGCCUUCGGCUGCGUCGUACUGGUUCCUGUGAGACUGAGCUAUAUUAAGUCUUUUAUUGCUGAUUUUACGCCUUGACACUAAUUUCAAAC